AAGGCACAUUGGGAAGAUUCGAGAGGUUUCUGGAACAUGAGAGUUCUCGAACACUCUGAGGCCAGACGUAUAUAAAGCAGCUCACGGUUUUCGUCAGUUAUCCUGCAUGAUGCCUGAAGCACAUGACACACCAAUGGAGGAAGAGACUGAGACCUUUGCCUUCCAGGCAGAAAUUGCCCAGCUGAUGUCUCUGAUCAUCAACACUUUCUAUUCAAACAAGGAGAUCUUUCUCAGGGAGCUUAUUUCAAAUUCUUCAGACGCUUUGGACAAAAUCCGAUAUGAAAGUCUGACUGACCCAAGUAAGCUGGACUCAGGAAAAGACCUCAAAAUUGAAAUUAUUCCCAACAAAGAGGAGCGUACCCUGACCAUCAUUGAUACUGGCAUUGGCAUGACAAAGGCUGAUCUCAUCAACAAUCUGGGCACCAUUGCCAAGUCUGGAACAAAGGCCUUCAUGGAGGCUCUACAGGCUGGAGCUGACAUCUCUAUGAUUGGGCAGUUUGGUGUGGGUUUUUACUCAGCAUACCUGGUAGCUGAGAAAGUCACAGUCAUCACCAAACACAACGAUGAUGAGCAGUAUGCUUGGGAGUCUUCCGCUGGAGGAUCAUUCACAGUGAAAGUGGAUAACUCUGAACCAGUUAAACGUGGCACAAAAGUGGUCCUGCAUUUGAAAGAGGAUCAGACCGAAUACAUUGAAGAGAGGCGAAUUAAGGAGAUUGUGAAAAAGCAUUCACAGUUCAUUGGCUACCCCAUCACUCUUUAUGUGGAGAAAGAGCGCGACAAGGAGGUGAGUGACGAUGAUGAGGCCGAAGACGAAAAGGAGAAAGAAAAAGAUGAAGUAGAAAAAGAUGAAGAUAAGCCAGAAAUUGAGGAUGUUGGUUCAGAUGAAGAUGAAGACCAUGACAAGAGCUCUGACAAGAAGAAGAAGAAGAAGAAAAUCAAGGAGAAGUUCAUUGACCAGGAAGAGCUCAAUAAGACCAAGCCCCUGUGGACCCGCAACCCUGAUGACAUUACUAAUGAAGAGUAUGGAGAGUUCUACAAGAGUCUGACAAAUGAUUGGGAAGAUCACCUUGCUGUUAAGCACUUCUCUGUGGAGGGGCAGCUGGAGUUCCGUGCACUGCUUUUUGUUCCUCGCAGAGCUCCAUUUGAUCUCUUUGAGAAUAAGAAAAAGAAGAACAACAUAAAGCUGUAUGUGCGCAGAGUCUUUAUCAUGGACAACUGUGAUGAACUUAUUCCAGAAUAUCUCAAUUUCAUAAAAGGAGUGGUGGACUCUGAGGAUUUGCCUCUGAACAUCUCCAGAGAGAUGCUGCAACAGAGCAAGAUCCUCAAAGUCAUCCGAAAGAAUCUGGUUAAGAAGUGUCUUGAGCUCUUCACUGAACUUGCUGAGGACAAGGACAACUACAAAAAGUAUUAUGAACAGUUCUCUAAGAAUAUCAAGCUUGGUAUCCAUGAGGACUCUCAGAACAGAAAAAAACUGUCUGAACUGCUGCGUUACUACACUUCGGCUUCUGGUGAUGAGAUGGUGUCCCUUAAAGAUUAUGUGACCCGCAUGAAGGACACCCAGAAGCACAUCUACUACAUCACCGGUGAGACCAAAGAUCAGGUAGCAAACUCUGCCUUUGUGGAACGCCUACGCAAGGCUGGUCUGGAGGUGAUUUACAUGAUUGAGCCGAUUGAUGAGUACUGUGUUCAGCAGUUGAAGGAAUUUGAAGGCAAGAACCUAGUGUCGGUGACCAAGGAGGGUCUGGAACUCCCAGAGGAUGAGGAAGAAAAGAAGAAGCAGGAAGAGAAGAAGUCACAGUUUGAAAAUCUGUGCAAAAUCAUGAAAGACAUUCUUGAAAAGAAGGUUGAGAAGGUUACUGUCUCAAACCGUCUGGUGUCCUCCCCCUGCUGUAUUGUUACUAGCACAUAUGGCUGGACAGCCAAUAUGGAGAGGAUUAUGAAGGCCCAGGCUCUAAGGGACAACUCCACCAUGGGCUACAUGGCUGCUAAGAAGCACCUAGAGAUUAACCCUGAUCACCCUAUAAUUGAAACCCUUAGGCAGAAAGCAGAGGCUGACAAGAAUGACAAAUCUGUGAAGGAUCUGGUCAUCCUGCUAUUUGAGACAGCACUGCUGUCCUCUGGGUUCACACUCGAUGACCCUCAGACACACUCUAACCGCAUCUACAGGAUGAUCAAGUUGGGCUUGGGCAUUGAUGAAGAUGACUUGUCCAUUGAAGAACCAACCUCUGCUCCAGUUGAGGACAUGCCUCCCUUGGAAGGGGAUGAUGACACAUCCCGCAUGGAGGAAGUUGACUAAAGUCAGUUAUACAAAUCUACAGGGUUUUAAUGGGUGGGAUUGGCUUGCACUUGGGUGGCUACAGUGAGAUCAGAGUAUACUGUGUGUGGCCUUUGGAAAAGAUGUGAUUUCUUAUGUCAAUAGACGCAUGCAUCUAUUAGUAAGAUUGUAUGUAUCCAAAGAAGUAAUGGCUAGUGUACAGUUUUCCAGACACCAAAUGUAGUCUUGAAUUAAAGAUAUAUCUCGUUUAAUAUUGGGCUAGACAUAACCUGUCUGGAAAUCCACCUCAAAUGUAUAAAGGAUAAGCUAGUGAUGGCUACACCAGGAAUUUAUAUAUGGGGAAGGGAGAGUUGUCAUUCAUGUCUUUAUGCAGUCAUACCUGGCUAUGUACAUGGGUGCAGAUAGAGCCCACUUGAUGUUGAUACUGGUCAUCCAGGUCUUUUUGUUAUACAGAUCUAUUCCCAUACUAUUCCAUUGGCAUCCCCUUUUUAUUUAAGUGCAUAUGCACUUUUGUAUUUAUUUACAUUCCACUUUUUUUUUAUGUAAUAACUUUGUUGUGCAUCUUUAAAACCUUAAACCUGAUAUUGUAACUUAAUGGUUGAACAUGAAAAUAAAGUUUGCCACACUACAUCA